GAGUGUGGGAGAUUGAGAGGGGAGGUAACGUGCUGAAAGGGGGCCAAACUCUUUACUAGGUAAAAAAAAAAUUAGAAAAUAUUCCGGAAUUCGUCACAAGCAUAAAUGAGUCAAGAGGUUAGCACAUAUAAAGUCUUCAGCCCACAGAACAGACAGACUAGACGAAUAAAAUAAGGUUAAAGACAAAGGUAUAAUUGGCCAGGUCAAAGUGGCUUUUUGAAAGUAAACACGCGACAGAGACAGUUGUAGAAGGAUGUGUGAACCACUAAUGUGUCGCUCAUUGAGGAAGACACAAACAUUCCGAUUGAGCGGACUCCCAAACACUUUGGAUACUCUAGUUGCAAGCAUAUAGUGGUAUUCUGUGGAUAAGACAAAAACUAAUUAAUUAAAUCGUGUUAACAUUUCAGCAAAGAAGAAUAAUUUCAGAUUUUUCUUACCAAUUCAAAAGGACAUCACUUGGUUCAUUGCGCAAACUAUUUAGUUUGGAUGUGUCCAGAUUCAGCAUAUCAUUGAACACAUCAAUUGUUAAAUACAUUUAAAGUAUUUUCCUGGACUAUACAUUGGAUUGAGAAGUCUGUGAGUCUGAAAAAUGGUGCUGGCAUCUAUUGGGGGCAGAGACGAAAAAUCAAACAUCUCUCUAACUCGUUUUUCCUCCAUUGAGCCCCGCAGCCCAACCUCCCCCCAGUCCCCCAAAGAAGGUGACAAUUACCACAUCUACCCGUUACCUAACGAUGACGACGAGGUGUUCGCGGAUGAGAAGGAAGUGCCCAAGACAUACAGCGACAUCGCGCCCUCCCCUCCCACCCCCGGCACAGCGCCCUCUACGGAGUCCAAGAACUGGCGCAGACGACAGCUGUUGCUUCAUCACGUGAUCUUAAUUGUGUUGGGCGUGGUCAUCGUCUUGGGGCUGGCGGUAGGGAUCGCCCUGGCCAUUAUGUUUGUAAAUACUUCAGCAUCGACCAUAACAACUGUUUCCCCAGCAGAAGUCAUACUCUACAAUGGUCAGUUGACGCUAUCCUCUCCUUGGAUGAAAUCGGAUACAGAUUUAGAACUCACUUUCUUACAAAAUGUAAAUGUAAUCAUCCAGUCAUCUGAUUUAUAUAAAGCUUUCAUUAAUUCAUCAUUUGUACAUUUAAGUUAUAAUAGAACAUUAUUACAUUUCACUAUGAACUUUAAGAAACAUGUCCUUAUGGAAAUAGCUGAUCAGAAUGUACAUAAAGGAACUGUGAUCAACACAGCUGAUCAGAACAUUGACGUAUGGUUGGCCCAAACCAUACAAGAUAUUUUACGUAACCAGGUUGUGAAAAAUACAGUCGUCCUCACAAUGCCGAUUGUAGCUGACUCUAUUGUGAUUUUAGUAAACAUUCCGGUGACUUCACCUCAUUCAUCAACUCCAGCUCCAACAGAAUCUUCAGGACAGUGCCUACCUAUGACAUAUGAGCCUUGUCAUUCAGUCUUAAAAUCUUCCCAUUUUUUUCUUCCAAAUCAUUACAAUCAUUCAAUAACCCAGCAAGCCACUGCUGCCUUUAAUGAGCUGUCGAAACCUCCAUUUGAUUUGAAGUGUUCACACUCCUCUCUUUUGUUUCUAUGUUCAUUGCUGUUCCCUCCAUGUGAAGAGAGCUCUUUGGCUCCAGUUCAGCCUUGUGAUACUUUGUGUGAAGUUGUGAAGAGUGGAUGUGGGACUUUUAGAGGCUGGCCUCAGAAUUGUGUUGGAUUCCCUAAAAUCAAGUGCAUAGGACCUGUGUCAGAAGUGAUUACUACUACAUUGCCAGUAUCCUCUCAGAAAACCCCAACAACCACUACUACAGUAUCAACCUCUGCCACAACAACAUAUCCAUCUUCUUCCUUAGCAUCUACUGUUACAUCUACCAACUUCACACUGAAAAUAGCGCCGACAAUACUUACUAAAAGAUCCAACAAUUUAAAAUUUGAAUGUGUUCCUCUUGAAGAUUUUCCAGAAUGUAAUGAUUUUGGUUUUUUUGAAACAUCUUUACCAAAUAAUGUUUUUAACUGCCAUACUGUAGACUGCUUACGUCAGUGGUUUAAAGAGAUUGCUGGGAAAAGUAUUGAAAGCGGCUGCACUUUAGACAACAGUUUUUUCUGUGGAUAUGUUUUCCCUGGCUGUGAUAAACAAGAUGAUAAUUUCCCUUUAUUUUCUUGUAGAGAAAGCUGUUAUGAAACUGUUAGUAAAUGUAAAGACCAGAUGGUGUACCAUAUUGACUGUGAACAAUUUUCUCCUGAGGAGGACAAUAGAACAGCAUGCAUUAAGGCUGAACAAAAACCAGUAUACCAAGAAUGUAUGGCCCAGACAUACUCCUACUGCCGUAGUGAAGGCUUUGAUGUGACAACCAAAACAUCUGACUUUGCUUCAAAUUUUACAGAGCUUAUCAAAAACUUCGAUGUUUUUGCUCUACCCACUAUCCAGAGUAAUUGUUCCACUUUGACCAAAUUUUUGUAUUGCGGUUUGUUCUUUCCCAAAUGUGGACAAGGGGGAGAACUUGUGUAUCCAUGUAGAAAGUAUUGUGAAGUUGUUUUCUCUGGUUGCCUUAAGGAAUCUUUUGUACUGGAUUGUACUGACACAUUUAAAGAUCAAGACUGCUUGCACCCAAAUACUUUAAUUAGUACAACAACAGAUUUACCAGCAACAACAACAACAACACCAAAACCAGCUAUAUGCCAGGCCUUCAAUUUCUCUAUAUGCACCAAGAUUGGCAACUCACAAACUGGCUUUCCCAACUUGUGGGGAGAUGAAGCCAUUAGUUCAUUCAACAAACUUACAGAGACAGCUGGUUGCUCCAAGAAUAUUUUGUUCUAUGCAUGCAUAAUGCUCUUUCCAUUCUGUGAAAGUGGUGGAAGCUACAAAAAGCCCUGCUCAUCUUUAUGUGAAGAGGUGAAUGACAACUGCUCUGCAUUACUCUUCAAUCAGGAUUGUAUGGAGCUCUCAGAACCUGACCAAGGCAAAUGUUUCAGUGCCCCUCAACCAAAAACAAAAAAAGUUUGCAGUGCAACAGAGUUUUCUUGUCAAUUUAUUGAUAAUUGUGUCAACCAAUCAUCUCUAUGCAACAAGAAAAAUGACUGUGGGGAUUGGUCAGAUGAAAAGGAUUGUGAGUGUAAUAAAGACUUUGAAGUCAAGUGCAAAAUGGGAAUGUGUAUUCUAAGUUACCAAAAGUGUGAUGGUGUAUACCACUGCCCGGAUAACAGUGAUGAGCUCAACUGUGCUUGUCCCAAAAACCAGUACCAGUGUAAGAAUCAGACUACUUGUAUAAUGCCUGAAUGGAUAUGUGAUGGCCAAAAAGAUUGUUUAAAUGCUGACGAUGAGGCUAAUUGCUCCAUGUGUAAAGAGGAUGAAUUCACUUGUUCUGAUUCCAAGUGCAUCUCACUGAAACAACGCUGUGAUGGAACUUUUCAAUGUGCUGAUGUUUCUGAUGAAAUGGAAUGCAUUUUUCCCAGCACUGAUGAGGAUCCACUACAAGUAAUUGUAGAAAGAUUUGGAUAUUUUGUAUGUGUGUCAGAUUUUACUGAAGCAGCUGGGCAGGAAGCAUGUCUUAAAUUGGGACAAAGAGAUUUGGACACUUUUUACUCAAAGAAUGUGGAACCUGGGAAUGAAGAGAACUAUUACUUCCAACUGAAUCCAAAUGGAAACUUGUCGAGUGUUCUUGGGCGAGGAAUGCUUGUGAAAACAUGCAAUCCAGUGUAUGUACAGUGUAUAAAUAAAGAAUGUGGUCAUCCCAGCCUCAAUGGACCUAAAUACGUUAUCAAUGGCAAAAAUGCUCUACCUGGUUCAUGGCCUUGGCUAGUCUCCAUCAAGAAAUAUGUCCUACAUAUCUGUGGUGGGGCCAUUAUCCAUCCAUACUUUAUUCUUACUGCUAGUCACUGCAUUGAGGAGGUCCUGGACUUUGAUCAUAUCUAUGUGACCUCCGGUACUGUAGACUUGAUCAAUCUUGGACAGCAUGGGAAGGUUCAUCAGGUCAGAAAAGGUUACAUGCAUCCAGAAUACACCAGGUUCAAGAAACAUGAUGUUGCACUCCUGGAGCUGAAAAAGCCCCUCAUCUACAAUGAUUAUGUCAAGCCUUUAUGUUUGCCAGAGCAAAAAGAUGUAUUUACCAGGAGGAACUUUUGUUACUUGGCUGGAUGGGGAUACACAUCAUGGAAAGCCAACUUUCCUUCUGACUACCUGCAAGAAAUCAAAUUAACAUUGUGGGACACUGAGAAAUGUAACAGCAGCUAUAUGUGGGGAGGCUUCCUGCAGGAAAAUGAAAGAUGUGCUGGUUACUUCAAUGCCCUAAGAGGUGCCUGUGUUGGUGACAGUGGGAGUCCAGUGUCUUGUAAAGAUGAGACUGGCACCUACAAAUCAGUCGGUAUGGUCACUUAUGUAUCAAAAGAUUGCACUGAUUUAGGAAGGCCUAUGGUAUUUACUUCGACUGCACCAUAUCAGGAUUGGAUCAACAAUAUUACUGAUUGCAAGUUCAGUUGCUCCAAUGGCAUGUCUUUAUUUGAAGAAUCUUUGCUUUGUAACAGGAUAGAUGACUGUGGUGACAAUAGUGAUGAAACCAUACCAUGUGAUGUCAAUUUCAAUUGUUCAUUCAGUGAUAAUUUUAUAUGUGGCUAUAAAUCAAAUUGGAAACUUAUAAAUGCUUCAGCGUUCUAUGCCAUCAACAGGCUUCCUUUGUAUGAUCACACACUAGGUAACAACAGAGGAAAAUUUCUGGUCAGUUUUGUUAGGCAAGAAGAUCUCAUUUCACGUAAACUCAUUUUAACAAGCAAUCACUGCAUGAGAUUUCACUUCCACAUGAGAGGAAGAAUAAAAGAAGGAUGGACAGUCUCUGUUAGGAAAAUUUUGGACACCAUGACCAAAAUCUAUGAUUUUGAAAAGAUUUUGCAGCCAGAUUUCUGGCAAAUGGGUUUAAUUGAUUUUACUCCUGGUGACUAUGAGGUCUACUUCAGAUCAUUUGAUGUACAGAAAAUCGCUGUAGAUGAUAUUCUGCUACUCAACAGUUCCUGUGCUGAAAUGAAAUGUCUUGACGGAGAAUUUUUGUGCAGUACCUAUGGACAGAAAAAUUGUCUUCCCAUGGGUGUUCGCUGUAACUAUAUAGUAGACUGUGAUUACUUCUCUGAUGAACUGAACUGUUCAGCCCCAACCUUUUGGUGUGAUUUUGAAAAUGGUUUGCUAUGUGGCCUGAUGCAGGACUCUUUAGACUCUGAUAUUACAGAAUGGCUCAUGGUUGACUCUUCUGUCUCACCUUUGAAACAACCAAACCCCUAUUACAACAUUUCAUCAGGACUUAUGAUUAUGAUUGACACUCUAAAUAUGAUAGAGAAGGAUGAGGUGAAAAUGUCACAGGUUAUCCAACUUCUUCCUGAUGAGUUUUGCCUAAGGCUGUUCUAUGCUUCCACAUCACCAGCUACCUUCAUGAUUAAUCUGACCAGGGGAAAUGAUGUCCAGACUUUAGUCAAGUUUACUGAUAGACAAACCAUAGUGUGGACUUCACUCUAUGCCACUAUCCCAUCCUCCAGUGCUAAGGAGAGGGCUCUACUAACAUACAUAGUUCAGGGUGAUAAGCUAGGCUCACAGACCAUAACAAAAUAUAUCAUGAUAGAUGAUAUUUCUAUAACCCAAGGCAGAUGUCCUCCAUUCUCUUGUCCUGGCCAAUUGUUUGAGUGUACUGAUGAGUCCUACUGUAUUCCACCAGAGAAAAUCUGUGAUAGAGUUGUAGACUGUAAAAGCUACACAGAUGAAAAGAAUUGUGAGUGCACAGAUCAAGAAUUUAAAUGUCCUAAUCAAAUGUGCAUUCCAAAAAGUAAAACUUGUGACUUGGUCAAUGAUUGUAGUGAUGGAAGUGAUGAGGGUUCUAUCUGUGAUAAUAAGCGUUCUAUAUCGUGUGACUUUGAAGAUGUUUUUAUGUGUGGCUACAAGACCAAUACUUCCACAAACCAGUUCAGUUGGGGAAGGGCUGCCAAUAAUACUGGGGACAAGAAUGGACCACCUUCUGAUCACACACAUCUUUACAAAAGUCAACUCCAAGUUUCAGGUCACUAUGUUGUGGUCAACAAUCUCAAUAAUGGAACAUCAUUCACUGCUCUCAACUCAUUCCCAUUUAUAUCCAAUGGCAGUGGAUUCGUUUUCUAUUACUUUGCAUAUAAUUUUAAUAGUUUUGUUCCUUAUGUACAAGAAUGGGAAUUAUUCCUUGUGGUCACUGAUCUAAACUCCAACCAACAGGAAGUCCUUUGGUCAACCAAGCCAUCCAGUAACAACUUUUGGCUGGCUGGCUGUGUCAUGCUUCCUAAAGGAAAUAUCUUCAUAUCUUUUGUCGCUUCUAAAGCAAAUACCUACACAACAUUCUUUGCCUUGGAUGAUUUGGAACUAUUGUCAGACAGCUGUGAAUUAAAUUUAACUGCCGAGAGCAGAAUAAAGAAGAACCAAAUAGCUGAUGAUGCUGACAUAUUGACACCCAGUACUAAAGAUUGCCCGAGCACACAGAGGCCUUGCAGAAACAACAUGUGUAUCCCCAGCCAGUUUUUCUGUGAUGGACAUAGCAAUUGCCCUGAUGGUUCAGAUGAAUUGAAUUGUACCACGACUUAGAGAGACUCAUAGUGCCUUAUUGAUGAACAUUUCUUCAAGAAUGGGAACAUUUUAUUUUUUUUAUAUUUUUAUGCUUAUCAUUUUUUUUCUAGGAAGCUCAAAAAUAAAUUAUUUGUUAUUUAUUAUUUCAAGGUAAUAUAUUUAUUUUAUUGCUGCAAGCAAUUUAUUCUUAUAAUGAAAGUGACAUUGAAAGUAAGUUUUUCUUUUUCAUUAUAUUCUUGUCUCUAUUUCAACAUUCUAAGAAGCAGAUUGGGGUCCAGAGCACUGUUGUUGAAAAUGUUGUCAAUCUAUUAUGUUACUGUUAUAAUAUUAAAAGGCUAUAUGUAUAUUAAGUAUUGAGUCAGACCUAGUUCUCAUGCACUUUGACUGUUACUGAAUAAUAUUUAAACCAAAAAGAGUAUUGUAUGUUACUGUUUCUCAUCUCCCAACUCUCAAUUAUUGACAAUGUAUCUUUUCUCUUGAGUGAGACCAUGCUGUAUUUGUGAUUGUCAAAACAUUUUUAUUUCUUCUAUAAAUAAUGUUAUAUUUUUGUUAGUUUAUGUAUGUGCUAAAACUAUAAUGAAUUGAAUCUUAGUUGUAACAGUAAAAACACAAAAAAAGGCCAGUAAUUAGUACAUUUGGUGAUAUUAUCAAAACAUUUUUUGUUAAGUCCCUUUUUUCUUUGUAUCUAAAUAUUCUUCUAUGUCCCUUUUUGACAGUAAGGGCUUAAUCAGUUGUUUUUAAAACAAAGUUUAAGUCAUAGAUAAAUAACUUCAAUUAAAACAGUCUACAUACUGUCUAUAUGUAGGCAUGUGUCUUUUGUGAUUUUUUUUUUUAUUUAGUAAUUUCUAACUCAUGUUUGCUUACAACGCUGUGCAUAAAUUUUUGUCACGUUAUUUCUUUUAAAAUUAUAGUUACAUUUAUUACAAAAUACAAUAGGAACAGAACAGUUUUUAAUUUAAAACUUAGUCAUAGUUUUAUUCUUCUUCAUUGCAAUACCAACAUUCAAGAGGUCUGAAUACAGUAAUGAAUGCACAGUUUUAGUUUUGUUUCCCCUUUUGUCACUGUCUCAACUUAACCUGCUGAUUUGAUAAAUAUUUACUAUAAUCUAAAGUACAAUAGCUAGAAGAAUGGCUUCAGUUUAUGUUUUGCUUACAAGAGGAUACAUUAUUAAUCAAAAUUAAUCCAUUUUGUUUAGAAAGACAAUAGUUGAGCUUUUAAAAAGAAAUGAAAAUGACCAUAUUACUAAUAACACAAUUUUUUUUUCUUUUAAGUUAAAUUAUAAACUAAACAAAAAGAACCAUAAAACUAGUCCUGUUUUUUUUCUGCAUUCAUUAAUUUUUUUAACUGAUAUUGCAGACAUACGAGAACAUUGCAAUGGAAUUAGUAGAGUUUGAUUUUCUGGUGUACAAGUUACUGGCAAAGUAUAAAAUCAAGGUAUUCUAGAGAAUGCCUAAAGUUUUCAGUCAAAUAUGGAAAUAACUUGAAUUUUUGUAAAUACUGUUUUUUAAUAUUUUUAUCUAAGACCAUUUUUAACCUAUUAUUAUAGAAACUGCACAAAACAAAGAAUUAUGAUUUUAAAAAUUAAAUAAAGUAAAAAUAAAAUAAUCAUUUUGUUUGAUUUUUACAAAGAAAUUCUAUAUAAACACUUGACACCCUUAGACUUGUCUACAUACUCAGUUUGUCUACAAAUAAAAAAUGUACAAAGUGAUUUAGUCUUUUUUAUUUCAAAACAUUUGUUAAUUUACACACAAAGACCUCAUACAACAGAGCUGAUGUCAGCAUUGUAGUAGCAGGGUCAAGUGGUAUUUCUGUUUAGACUAUUGGCAAAUAGGAAGAUUAUGCCAAAAAACUUGCAUUAUCAGCCAAGUUAUUCUCUUCUUUGCUGUAACCUAUACAUUGCAUCAGACAUAAUGGUGCUACUGAUGUGUAUUCAGUUCACACAUGUAUUUAGAUUGCUUUGUUUGUUGUUUAUAGCAUCAAAAUAGGCUUGCUUCAGAAAACAUUGUGAUUUGUGAUAAAAAAAAAGGCUUUGUGGAUAAUGUUAAGUAUCUUUUGUAAUGGUAGCAAUGUUUUCUCUACUUCAUCAACAGAUUUUUUUAAACUUCUACUUUCAAAGAUGUUUUUUUGAGGUAUCUAAUGAGUUAAAUAGUAGUUAAAUAGUAGUUUCUAUGGUUUUAUCACAUCUCUUUUGAUCUUCUGACAGGUUCUUUUAACUGUCAAUGAGAUCAGAAAAAAAUAUUGUUGGUUAAAUUUCUCUAAGUCCCAGUACCACAUUUUGAUUACCUCACUCAGUGUUUUAUUUCAACAAUGUGACAGCUAGUUUUAUUUCAUGGAACAAUUCAUUGAAACCAAUAGGUAUACAAUCAAAAGUUAUUUGAUAUCUGCUACAAGUGCCCAUCGUUAAAGAUUAACAUUUUGUUUUUUUUAAAUUGUUUUUCAGAAGCAAAAAAAGAUACUAUUUUGUAUACUAUUUGCAAAGAAAGAAAAAUGCAGUAUUUUAUGUGGCUGUGCAUCUGUGACAUACAAUUGUAUUCAUAAAAUAUUGACUAGUCCAGUUUUAAGAGUCUAGUUAUUACCAUGACAGAAGCAUGCAACAUUGUUUUCAAGAUGUGAUGGUAGUGCUUCCACUUGUAUAUAUUAUUUGAUCAUUUUGACAGCCAUUUUUUUUUAAACUUGAUCAUGUGCUAUAUUGUACCAUAUUAAAAUAUGGAUGUACAUACUAUUUCAUUAGAACUAUAUUCCAAUGCUUUUUAAUCAGUUUUGAAAUGAUACUAUGUUUAGAAAAAUAAAGUAACUUUCUCCAACCUA